GCAUGAUCAUCUCACCUCGUAAAUCAGAAUAUAUUGUAAUCCGGGUUCUUUGUUUAUGUUUAAUCACAAUUAAAUAGAUUGUGUUUUAUCAGUUGCAUCAUAGUUGCCCUUUUGUGACCCCCGUUAUGACAAGGACCAAUUAAACGGUCCAAGACACUAAAUACUGGCUAUCAAUCCUUUCGGAACAACUUUCUAGGAUUGUUGCCACUAAUUGUGAAUUCAGCAACGACAUGGAUCGGCCACCGGCGCGGGUCGCCAAGGCAACUUCUGCAGGUUCAGAAUCUUGGAUAUUUGUAAACACUAUGCCUUUGAUGAAACAUGUUCUACUAGUUUUUAUUUUCUUGUCAACCAUAUCAUGUGCCAAUGCCAGAGGUCGAAUGAUUGAACCAUGUCAAAGGUCAUCACUAUGGCGAAAAGGUUACAGUUCACCAGUAAAUCAAGAUGAUGAUGGCCUAAACUGUGGCGGAUAUUGGCACCAGUGGCAAGAAAACAAAGGCCAAUGUGGAGUCUGUGGCGACCCAUUGGAUUCAAAUCCCCGCCCCAAUGAAAUGGGUGGAAAAUAUUUUAAUGGACUCAUUGCUAGAACUUAUCAUACAGAUGAUUCUCAUAUUAAUAUUGAAAUAGAAGUUGAGAAGAACAAACACGGAUAUUUUGAAUUCCGACUUUGUCCUGAAGUUUCUGAUAAUAAUCCAGUAUCACAGGAAUGUUUAGAUCGUUUUCCAUUAGAAAUAGUUGGACACGGGCAACGCUUCUAUCCUUCUAGUACCAGAAAUGUGUAUUUACAAAUUACAAUGCCAAAGGGCGUGGUGUGUGAAAGAUGUGUUCUUCAAUGGAAAUGGCAUACAGCUCUCCACUGGGGAAAAUGUGAAAAUGGAAGCAGUCAAGUCGGCUGUGGAGACCAAACUGAAAUAUAUAACUGUGCUGACAUUUCUAUUUUGCCAAGGGGAUAUAACUCAUUCAGAAAUACUCUUAAUGAAGUGACAAACGAAUUCAGUAUUCCAACAAUACAAGCCGAGUCUCAAUCCUUAUAUGGAGUUCCGGUAUCAACUGCAAAUUUAGUCACUGAGACGAAGUCGAAUGUACAAAUGGAGACCAAUAAUAUUGUUGUUGAUUCUGUCAAUGUAUUACCCACAAACACGAAACGAAUCGAUACAAGUUCGUUAGGUAACAAGGAAGUUGUUACAAAAGACGUCAUUAAUCUUCCUUAUAUUGGGAUGACAACUUCUGUUCAAAAUAAUGACCAAUCAAAUGCCGUGUUGCCAACACAGGAUCCCGGUACUUUACAAGGCAAUGCUCAAGUAAUUGAACUGUCACGUGCUAAAAGAAAUGUUAACUCAACAUUAUCUAGCAGUCAAGUGGUACCAGCCGCUGAACAUCCGAGUGCUACCGGAAGUCUAAGCACAUCAAUUCCAGGAGGUAAAACUUCUGCUACAGAAGGCCAGGAUGUCACUAAAACAACUGUAAACGGUCACCAGUCAGCGCCGUCAUCGUCUUUAUCAUUAUCCUCUGUGCCUGAAGCCAAAUCGCCAGUUCAAGCUCAAGAAUGGAAAGUUAUGAACGUAAACCAGUCUCCAGACCAGAAUCAAAUUGCAUCAAUUCAGGAAACUAACACACAACCGACUUCUCAGUUUGAUUUAAGCAAUAUAGCAUUUGCCAAUGCUGUAAAUGAUUUUACAUCUGGUACAUUGUUGUCACAUCAUAUAACAGAUAGUAUCGGUAAUUUGGCGAAUCCUGGUCACUACAAUCCUUCCAUGUCACAGUUUACAGGAAUGAUGCAGCCAACUGCCUACCCCACUAUGGAUUAUUCUACAUACAACCAGCAAUAUCAGGGCUUACAGGGAAUGUCUAUGUUUGAUCAUGGUAUCGUUAGUGGAUUUGUUGACACGACCAGCAAUGUUGCUUCCUGGGUUGAACAAACAGCUGACACAACAACAACAGCUGCUGUGAGUACUACCAAAGCACCUAUCACUACAACUAGUGUUACACCGCAGCCAAAGCAAGAGAAAAUAGUCGAACCUCGUCUAUCAGGGGCGGGGACAAAUCAAGUCAAAAUAGUCGAACCUCGUCUAUCAGGUCGGUCAGGGACGAAUACAUGGUCUCUCCAAUCUAUGUUUGAGCCUUUACCACCUACGACAACGCAAGGUCCAUGGGUGGAAGCAAAUCCUACUUGGGUCACAGUAGCACCAAGUGAUCAGCUGCUGACACAACCAGUCAUGCUACAUGGAACACAACAAUUUAACAAUCAAGGCAUCAUGGAUAAUAGCGGUUUGUGGACACAAUUGUCAGGAAUGGCAACGCCAGGUUAUUAUGACUGGGCUGAAAUACCUUUCACAGACGGCACAACAACAAGAACAACACCAAGUACAACAGAUGUCAAGACAACAACCCAGACAUCAACAACUUCCCAAGCACCUGUUGAAUCUACAAAGCUUGGAGGAGCAGUAACAAAGUCUGUCAAAGUUACAACUACAGCUGUACCUACAACCUCCGAACGAUUGUCAACUCAUCGACCAGUCCUUGGAUCCGCAGUUGACAGUAUUCAACAAAAUGCAUACGGUGCAGUAGUUGAAGAUCUUUCAUCGACAACUGUAAAAGCUGUAGUUACGGAAGGUACAACAAUUAAUGCUGCACAGAUUGUCACAGAACCACAAACAACUACAUCAAAACCGACGCAACAACAAGCUAUGCUAACAUCUGGUGUAACUACAGGUACAACAAAACAAUCUGUUGUUAUAAACGCGCCACAACAAGUUCCUAAAAUGGUUGAAAACGUUGCACCUUCAGGAUCAUAUAAUGGGUUCAAGGAGAACUUUGACCAGAAAAUAACCGUUGACACCGUUGUCAAACAGGGUAAAGAUAGUGCCCAAGGAAUUAAAAAUGAAAUACAAGCAACGAUAAAAGAACAGUCUGUCAAACUUCCACGCGCUUCUCUCGGAAUGCAAGCGAAAUCACAAGUCUUAAUUGAAAAUAUGAUGUUGACUAUGGCUGAUUUAAUGCAAAAGAUUAAAAAUAGUCCACAGUUACAACCUGGUGUGUCAUCUGUCAAAACAACAAUAAGAAGGAUUCAACAGAACGUGGAUAGAAACAUACCAGCAACUCCUUCAGCAGUUAGUCACGUCAAGGAGUUAAAAAUGGUGGAUGUUGUAAAAACAGCAAAAUUAGCACCACCACCAACUACAAUCACGUCAACUACCAAACGAACAACGACGACAACCACGCCGAAACCUGCACCCACAACUGUUCGAACACCACCACCACCCAGGAAGACAGUUCCACCACCACCUAGGAAGACAGUUCCACCACCACCACCAACGACGACAACAAUACCAACGACCACGACAAUACCGACAACAACACCGAUACCAGCUACAACGACCACUGAACCAACAACAACCGACCCACCAGUUGUUGAUGCAGUGGGCGGGGCCUCAAUGAGUUUCUUCAAUCACAUGUAUAAUUCUCAAACGACAGGAACACCCAAUGUAUGGAACAACGUACCUCCUACGACUGUUUCACCUAUUACAUGGAAUGAUGCAGUCGGUUCGUCAUCCUUGAUAAAUGCCGGAAGUGGAACUGGUUUAAUGACUGAUGUACCAGCAACCCAGAACUCUCCAUCAAUGAACCAGAACUUUGUUGAUUUAAUGGCGACUUUAACUUCACAAAACACAGCUAUGCAAACUGGUGGUUUUACCAAUCAACAAAUUGCUGACAUAAUAAAUCAACAAUCCUCUUCUGCAAAUAACAUACAAGGCGGAAGUUUAGGUUCAGCUAGUGGAACUGUAGAUAUCGCUACACCAAUUGCAAAUACAGUAGAAAUACAACAAACAUACCACGAUACACCAAUUGCAAAUACAGUAGAAAUACAACAAACAUACCAAGAUACACCAAUUGCAAAUACAGUAGAAAUACAACAAACAUACCAAGAUGUUGUAAGCUCUGCUAAUAACCAAAUGUUUACAGACAAUACUCUUAAUUCAUUCAAUGCACCUCCACAGACAAAACAAACAUUUCAAAAUCAAAUGAUGAUGACAACUAAACCUCGAACCAUCCAGGAAAUGGCUGCUGGGGGAAUGGUAAACGUUGACUGGGAUGCUUUACAAGGAAAGGGACCAACGGCCAAAACAGCAAAUCAGCCUAUGACUGGAAUGGAGGCGCUGAUUCAGUUAAUGAAACAGCAAGGUUAUAUACAACCACCACCUGCUGCAACGCCAGCGCCACCUACAACGACGACAACUCCAGUACCAACCACGACCACUCCUAUGCCUACAACAACUACUCCACCGGCUCCUACACCACCGCCAAUAAUUUACUAUGCUGAAGAUUUAUCUCCACGGGAUGUGGAUCCUAUAACAAGGGCUAUUAUGUUGAAAAUGAUUAAAUCUAUGGCUCCAACUAAGCAAGAUCUGUUUACAGUUUUAUAUACAACUGGUCCUGAUUUGAUAAAUUCAAUGGGAAUUAAUCCUAAAGAUAUACGUGGCUCUGUCCAUGUGGCUUUGAUGAACAUUUUCCCUGAGCUUCGCAGACCUUUAGGUUUACCUCCACCUAGACGAAGACCAAGGUAUCAACAGCCUUAUGGCGCCAAUCAAGGACAAUACACACAAAAUACUGCACAAGGUGCCGGACAAGUUCAAUACGGACACACUGCUACCUCAAGUCAAGCACAGUACUCACAUACUGCUACGACAGGCCAAGGACAAUACCCACAAGCUGCUUCUACAGGCCAAGGACAAUACCCACAAGCUGCUUCUACAGGUCAAGGACAAUAUUCACAAGCUGCUUCUACAGGUCAAGGACAGUAUCCUCGAGCCCUUUCUACAGGUCAAGGACAGUACCCACAAGCCGCUUCCACAGGUCAAGGCCAAUACCCACAAGCUGCUUCUACAGGUCAAGCACAGUAUUCACAUACUGCUACUACAGGUCAAGGCCAAUACCCACAAGCCGCUUCCACAGGUCAAGAACAAUACCCACAACCUGCUACUACAGGUCAAGGCCAAUACCCACAAGCCGCUUCCACAGGUCAAGAACAAUACCAACAAGCUGCUACUUUAGGUCAAGGACAAUACCCGCAAGCCGGUACCACAGGACAAGAACAAUACCCACAAGCUGGUUAUGCAGGUCAAGGACAAACCGGUUAUUCGAUGACACAACCACAAGUCUCCUUACAAGGAGCAGCAUCUGCAUAUAAUAGACCUCCACGUCCUACUAUUGAUCCAAUUCAGAGAGCAAUGGAAGCAGCAAUGACAAAACAAGUUCUUCAGAUGCUUGGUUUAGUUCCUGAACCUCCAGAUGUACCUCCAGGUGGCCGUAGAGGAGGAAGUGGUCGCGGCCUUGGAGCUGGAAUGGACCCAGCAGCAGGUGGAGCUGGUGCUUAUCAGGAUCCAUAUGCCCAACCAUACCCCGCUGAUCCAUAUGCCCUUCCUUACGGAGCAGGUCCUGCUGAUCCAUGGCGUCCAAGGGGUCCACAAACUAUGACUCCGGAAUGGGCUGGAGUUCUUGGUGUAGGCCCUGAACCGGGAGAUGUCCCACCAGGAGGAGCAGCAGGCGGAGCCGGAGCAGGGGGAGCAGGAGCAGGAGGACCGAUGGCACCUGGAGGACGACGCGCUCAGAUGAUGGACCAAAUGAUUGAAAUGAUGGGCUUAUAAGGUUGAAAAUGUUAAGUUAACAGUAAAAGUACAAGUACGGUGAGGGGGUUGGAAUUGUUCCGGGAAUCCGUGUGUCUGGAACAAAAGAUUGUUAAAUCCUUACUGAUAUAUGCAUCAAUUGUAAGACUCUAGUAUCAAAUAGCAGAAACUUUUUUUUCUAAAAUUUAAUAUAAGUACAUUUGAUUUUCAAAUCUUUUAAUGUAUAAUGUUUUUUUCGGUUACUGUAAAAUGUGACCAAAUUACAAUAAACAUCAUUUCAAAAAUUUCAUAGUCGACAUUUGGGCGACCGAAAAUGUGUCGAUAUCAUAAAAAUCUUUUAUUUUCGUUUACCAUUUGCAAUGAAGAUACGUUGUAACUUUUAGAUUUCGACAGGGCAUACACAUUCGAAAAUAUAUAUGCUCAGUAACUAAAAUUAAGGAAAGGGCUUCUACUUUUGUAUCUGAAAUCGAUAAAUGAAGCUACUAUGUCGUUUCACUAUGUUCCCAUUAGUUUGAGUUAAUUGGUUUGUUAGUAAAAUAGCAUUGCUUCAUUUUAUUUCUCAUCAAAUUUAAAAGUUUUUAUUUCAUAAAUAUUAGCAAACAGUGAAUGUAUGUCAUUACAUAACGGCUAACCAUAAAAGUUUCGACACAUCGACAUGCAUCUCUUGACUUCUUUCUUACCUUUACUACUUUGAAAUGUUUUUACGUAUAGAGCAUAGAGCGGAAAACUGGAAAUUGAUUUCCAGUUAUUUUUUAUAAUUUAUCACGUGAUUGAUAUAAAAACUUAUGGAUGAAUAAGAUUAAAAUAAAUUCAAAAGUAAUUUACGGAUGUUUUGUAUGGCCUUAAAAGUAAAAAGUGCAUUGUUGUUGGAAUGGUCUUUACUUGAUUUUUCUUUUUUAGUUUUAGGAAUUAAAACAUGAAGUGAACUAUUUAUUGUGUUCUUAAUUAGCAAAAGAUUUAAAUGUACAGGUAUCAAAAAGAUAGGAAAUAAUAGGGUAAAAGUGUUGAUUACGUUUACAUUUUUGACAUUCUUAAGUGAAGGAAAACUAAACUUUUUUCUGUAUAUAAAUUAAAAAAAAGUAUGAUAAAUGUCGUUAGAAGCUAAUAUCCAUUUUCUUUUAUUUUUCGGAGUUUAUUCACGCUUUUUCUUCUUUUCUCUUUAUUUUUUUGAUGCUUUUUGGUGUCUGUGUGUGUAAGAGGGAGAGUUUUUUGGAGUUUUUUUCAUUUUCCUCUUUUCCUCAAUGAAUCCGUCAAAUAUCAUAAACGCAAAAAUCGUCGUCUAUCAGCAAUUUAUCUUCUUAGAAAAAAAAAUCAUAUUUUGAAAUUAAGCUGGCAACUUACAUACUGAUAGUAAAUUAACAAACAUUACGUUAAAGUCUUGCAAUUUUAUUUUUUUUAUCAGUGGAACAUGCCAUUUUUUUUGUCUUAUUUUUCAUAUAAAUAUUUUUACGGAUAUUUGAAUCGUUGGUUUAUACCAUUCCUUACCUUUCUGAUUCGUAUUGAAAACGUAUAAAACAUGAUUUUAUUUUUGUAUAUAUAUGUAACUAUUGUUAUUUUCAAUCAACUGUUCUGUACAUGUGUGUAUGUACAUAAGUUGUACAUGUGUAUAUUUUCAUUAUUAUUGUUAUGAGAAUCAUCUAUCGUUCAUAAUAAAAUUAUUUCCAUUCA